AUGGAUCCUUUCUCGAUAACAUCAGGGGCAUUACAGAUUGCCGGCGCAUGCGCACAGGUCACGAUAACGAUAAUCAAAUGGGUGGGAGAUGUUAGGACAGUGGAUGCUCGAAUCUCGAGCUUCUGCGACGAGGUGGCUGCCCUCCAAACCACAUACGAAGGCCUUGAACGAAGCUUGUCGUCGCCUCUGGUGGCAGAGGCUGCUCGCGUGGCUAGCAAAACUUCAGAUGGCUCUCACCUCUGGCGACAGAUCAAAGAAACCCUUGACGAUUCCAGGCGUACGAUACAGCGUGUCAACGAUAUCCUUGACAACAUCGUUCGGACAUCCGGCUUUGGAAGGAAAUUCAGAGCACACCUGCAAGAAUCGCUGUCUUCUGGCGAACUCUCGCGACUUCGCCAACGUAUCCAGGUUUUCAAUACUACUCUUUCGCUGCCUAUACAAAUGGUUUGCGUCAUGCUGCAGCUUGAGCAAAGAGAUCUUACGAGUGAUCAUCAAGCCUCACUAGAUGCAAAGCUGACGGGUUUAGAGAAUUCUGUGAAGGAACUUGUCCGAAGUCUUGAGUCUCGCUCGCACUCCCAAUCUCUCUCCAGCGCCACCAUUGUCGCCACAGACCCAGAAGUGCUGAGGCCAGAGGACGAUAUAGAUACAUACAUCACUUUUGCAAAGAAGUUCCUGGCGACUGCCUCUGCUGCUGCCAGUACAAGAUCUUCUCUCAGCACAGUUUCCCCAGGAAUGGAACCAGAUGUUCUUCUUAAUCGAAGAAAGCUAUACACACCCGAACUUCCACAGCCUUUGACCGAAAGAGAAAGGCUAACACAGUGGAUUCCCGAGCCGAGUAUCGCGAUUGGUCACGCUGUCGAUGCUGAAGAUGAUACAGAGAUCCACUUUAUGAGAACGAAGCGGCAUCUCAACCUUGGACAAGAGCGAGUGGAAAAAGGAAACAACGCCGAGGCUGAGACGCACUUGCGAAAAGCCAUUGCCCUGAUGGAAAAACACGACUUUGACGGGAGGAUAUCGUUGCAUCCUGCAGACGUUGUUCUGAUGCUGGCCGAUGCCUGCGUUAAACAGGAAAAGCUUGAGGAGGCUAUCAAUCUGCUGAAACCCGUAGCUGCCAUGAGAGAGGAUAUAUUUCCGGUUGCUCGGGAGGUGAUAGAGACUAUGACCAAACCACAGUUGCCCCCUUAUCAACAGGUCGACAAGCUACAGGCGCUGGCGGCAAACCAUAUGCUGGGCCAAGUCUUCAAGCUGAAGUCAGACUACGAAUCAGCUGAAGAUCACGCACUAAAAGCAUUUAUGGAACGAAGAAAAGAGCUCGGCCCACAAGAUGCAAAGACUUUGGAGUCGGUACAAUUGGUCAUUGACAUUUACCGAGCCCAGGGCGAUAAGGAGGAAGCCGAAGGAUAUGAGGUGUUUCUUCUACCUACGGAGACGUCACCGAAAAGUGUGUCUCGCGAGCCGUCAACCUCCUCUUUAGAGGAACCUCUAUUGAACCAAAGGAUGAUGGCAUUUGAGAGCAAAGCCGCCCCCGUGCAACCUCAGCCCAUCCACCGUAAUAGUCUAUCCAGUCUUGCGCAGCGCCUUCGACACUUCGGGCGGUCACCUCAGGCUUCGUACACUCAGUUUUCCACAGCCGGAGACCUGCAAAGGCUAUCGAUAUCGAGGUCUACAACACUCAACAACAAUCCGCAGGAUAUCGAUACUGAGCAGCCUCGUAAUGACUGCUUGAGGAGUUUCGGUUCCCCUUCGGACGCGUCGACUCACGACCGAAGCAUGUCGAUCUACGACGAUGACUCCGUCAACACUCCUUCAACAGGCAUCAUCGAGCGAUCGAGCCGGACGAUCGAGUCAACAUUCCUGGCCAUUUCGCAGUUGUGUGCCGAAAAGAACCUCGAUCGCGCUACCAAAGUUGCUCUUCAAUUUCUAGACACUUACCACUCCAACGUCAUGGUGAUCCGGAAAAUGGAACUGGAGAAGAACAUUCGCCGGGGUAGCGGGCAGGGCCUGGCCCGGACUGGUCGCGGCUACGCACCCUUGCAUUUCUUCUGCGAACUAAAGAAGGAGCAUGCAGAAGAGGUCCACUUGCUGAUUCAACACGGAGUCAAUGUCAACGCCGUCGCUUAUCAAGCUGGCUACACCGAGUCCAACCCCAAGAACGCCUUUACUGCGCUCCAGGCGGCCACCGACCGGGGCUACUCGACCAUCACCUCUCUGUUAAUUUCUUGUAAAGGUAUCAAGACGGAAGUACGCAACGCGGAAGGCUUCACACCACUCAUGGUCGCAUGCAGACGUGGCCAUUAUGCUAUUGUCAAACAGCUGCUCGCAUUUCCCCUUCCGACGGAGUUCCCGCAUUGGCAUGGGAAUACUCUGCUUCACGAUGCAGCUCGGCGGUGCGACCCAAAGUUGGUGGAAAUGCUGAUCGAUUUUCAUCCCGAUCUCAAUGCCCGGGAUACAUUCGGCAAGACGGCACUGAUGCACGCGCUUACGCUGGACGAUGUCAUUGACGAAGUGGAACGGAAAGGGAGAGACAGCCGGAGGUGCAAGACGGUGAAGAUACUGCUCGAGGCAGGAGCAGAUUCAACGCUCAGAGAUAAUCGGACCAAUUUGGGCAUCAGAGACAUCGCCUUCAAGUCAAAGGAUCCAGACCUGUUAACACUCCUCGAUCGUAGUCCUCGGGUGGGCGUAAGUGAGUUGUUGGCUUGA